AUGUCGAACCAAAAUACUGAAGAAGAUCAGAUGGAGUGGCAUUUGGAUACUGGGGUCGUCAUGGACUGGGAAGACAACAAUGCCUUUGCGGACUGGAGAAUUCCCACUAAUCCAUCUCAAGAUGGCCAGAGUGGGCUCCCAAGCCGCAGUAAUGCUCAGCAUCAGCAGGAGCUUGCGAUGUUAGAUAUGCCAUUCGAAACUGGUGUUUCCGACUGGGAGGUUGAAAAUGAAGUCGCGAACUGGAGAAUGACCACCAAUGCAUCUCCAGACCGUCAGAGCCAGAGUGAUCAUAACAGCCCAAAUUUCACACACAACCAAAGCGAUGACGUGAAUCAGGGCGGGUUAGAUGAUGGGGCUAUUGAUAUGAGGUUUGACGAUACAUUUGUGGAGGCUGAGAAUACUACAGCUGUGUAUGCCAGUGUCGACGAUACAGAGAUGGAUGUCGACGAUACAUUUGCGGGUCUUGAGGAUAUAUUUCCGGAUCUCGACGAUACGUUGAUGGAUGUUGAUCGUACACCGGCAGUUCCCAGUGUAGACUUGAUGAUCGAUGAUACAGCCAUGGAAGUCGACUUCAACCAGACAGUUCUAGACUUGGAGGCCAGGGAUAGGGCUCUGGAUUUGGGGACAAACAAUCAGCCUCCGGUUCCUGAGACCCAGCCUGAGACUUACAUUUUCCCACAGGGACAGGGAUUCCUACAAACCUGCACUAUACUAGGGUGCGCAGAGCGCAUGGUGGAUGGCCGCGAUUGCGAAUAUCACAAGGCACAGGAGAUACCGACUUUGUGCAAAGACUUCGGAUGCAAAUGGUUGCGAGCCGGAUAA